GUUGGCUUACAUGUGGUAAUAUACAUCACACAACCAACAAAGUUCUAAUUCAUGCCAGUUGUAUUCACUGAACUAUACGGUGUGAAGGUAUUUACAAAUGUUGGGCUUUGGCCUUAUAGCGAUAAUGGCAGCAUUCGGAUAUGGAGCGGAACUGUAAAACUGGACGCCACUACAGCAAUAGCAGAUCACACAUACAAAGUACGAUGCAGCUGUCACAAGGAACAUUUGCACUAUUUUCGCUGCACCCAUGGAACUGGACGUAUCAAGAGUGAAGAAUUCAAACAUUUGAGUAUAAAAGUCCCGGAAGCGGCAAUUAAUACAGCUAUUAUGACCAUUUGGAUCGACGAUCUAGAUGUAGAUCUCAAUUUAUACAUGUUAGAAGGCGCGAAGGAGCUUUAUUUUGGUCCUGACGUAUGCGAGACAAAAGCAGAACCUUCUCAAGUUAUGGGCACUAAGACAAAGCUAAAGUGGUCGUGGAGGAGCAAUAACGAGAGAGCAUUUGAAGUUGUGUCUGAUUAUAUCAAACCUGUUCUUGAUAAUGCUCCUCAAGGACUCAGAGAAUACCUCACGAGCACGUCGUCGACUGCAUCUACAUGGCAGAGGCUGAACGAUUUGGUCUACCCCGUAGUAUUAGAGCUGUUACAAGAUCUUGGAGAGUUUGCGAAAAAAGAAGCAAGAAGAUUGCAGAUUAGUUCGAGAAAUGCUCUUGACAAAUCUAUUGCCUCGAAUAUAGGGAACCACGUUGCGGAAGUCGUACUUAUUCGUUUAUCUGAAAAACUGCGCACCGAAUACGGAAUGACGAGUGAACAAGUUUAAAAAGGAGUUCAUCAAAGACACCAGAAAGAUAUAUACAGAUUACUG